GUUCAAUUAACGACGCGACGCGUGUGGUUCGCGUCCUACCACCCGAUCGCCACUCGCACACCGCCACUACAUCCACGACGUUAUUGACGGCCAAAACUACAGCAGCAAGCAUGGCGCCUACGAAACAAGCACCGACACGCCAGGCGAUUACCCUCAAGGGAUCCACGAACCUCGUUACAGAAUUCUUCAAGUUUGCUGCAAACACGAUACUGUUCCAGCGAGGCGUGUACCCCGCUGAUGACUUCCACAUGGUCAAGAAGUAUGGCCAGACAGUUCUGGUUACUCAAGAUCUGGCGCUCGAGAACUACCUGGAGAGAAUCCUUAAACAAGUAAAUAAGUGGCUUUUGACCGGGUCUGUUACGCAACUCGUACUCGCAAUCAUCUCCAAAGACUCCCGGACAACGCUGGAGCGAUGGGUGUUUGACAUCAACCUCGUCGAGCAACCAACAAAUACGUCAGAGCCCGCUCCCGUCAAGCCGGAAGCGGAGAUCCAGGCAGAAAUCCGCAACAUCCUCAAGCAAAUCGUCUCCACAGUGACAUUUCUGCCGGUCAUUGACGAGCCGACAGUGUUCAACAUUCUCACGUACACGACGGAGUCGGCGGACGUGCCCGCGGACGAGUGGGUAGACACGGACCCGCUGGCGAUCGAGGCGAGCAAGAGCCAGCAGGUGAAGCUGAGGAACUUCAGCACUGACGUGCACCGGAUCGAGGCCAUGGUCGCGUACCGCUAUGAGGGGUAGGCAUGCGUGCGCGCGAUCGGCGGCGUGGUAGUGAUUGUGUCCGGGCCCGGUAUGGACUGCAUGUUGAUUGUUUCCUUGUGCUAUUCUUGCAUCGCUGUAUCAUUGGAAGUGGACUUGCUCGCACGCAACCGGGGCGACAGCCAUGGGAGUGCGGCCUCUGAUCUCGACAGGCCCGUACCCGCAGCGAUGUGAGGCCUUCCGACUGAGGGCCGCGCCGCAGCCUCGCAGGUGAUGACGCGUGACGAUUCGAGGCGACGAUACGCGUCGCUGAUGCGUCGGUGCUUUUAGUCGUCGGUGCUUUUAGCGAGUGCCCGACGUGCCCGCGGCUGGGCUGGGAAAGACUGAGCGUCGUUGAGCCAGCGACGGGAUGGGGUGGCGGUCGGGAGGUGCCUGCGAGCGGUUGGGCAGCAGCUGGCUGUUGGUGCCACUGCC